AUGCCAUAUGCUUUAGUGGAGUUAACGGAUGCUAGAGGUUGCAAAGAGCUGGUCCCUGUACCAGAAACGUGGAUCGAGCAAAGAGAUCGUGCAGUCUCCUACUUGUGUUGGCCAAACACUAAGAAUAUUAACAUAUUGAAUAUGCUCGUAGCCGACGAACAAAGCAAACCAUCGCCAAUAUGGGAAACACAUAAAUGCGAAGUUAAGCGAACUAGUAUCCCAUCGUUCUUGUUGGCUGGUAAGAUGGCUAAUAUUAGACAAAAAUUAUUCAAACCGAAAUCAACUACGCAGUCACAACAGGACGAAUCUACCUUUUCCAUCUGGACUGGUUGCUCGCGCCAGAAAGAAGUAAAAAAGUAUGCGAUGAGAAGUUACAAGAAUAUUUUGCAGUUCUUUGCUCAUGCUGGCAGCACAUCAACGUUUCGUGUGGGUCCUAAGUUUUUAGCCAUGUUUUUUAUGAACAGACUUAAUUUAAAAUUCAUCGACGGAUAG